GUUCUACAUUACGCCCCACGCCACACACCACAUAAAAGCCCUCUCCCUCUCUCUGCUACCUCCCAUCUCCUUUGUUCAUUGAUUUUGCUCUCGCCCCAAGCUUUGCGGGAAAUCUCAACCCUCUCUGAGGUUGUUUCGGUUACUGCCAGGAGAUGGCCUGUUUGGUUGGCCGUCGACGGCGGCUGCUCCUGCUUCGGGCCUCUAUUUUGGCUGUUUUUCUCGCCGGAUUCGCCUUCCCCUCGGUCUCAGCCGUCUCGUACAGAAGGCCGCGCCGCCGCCCCGACCUACACGUCGCUCGACGGUUGGACGAAAACGAUUCCACUCCUCAGCAGGUCCAUAUAUCAAUGGUGGGCUCAGAUAAAAUGAGGAUAUCCUGGAUAACGGACGACCCAACCCCGGCGACUGUGGAAUACGGCACUGCUUCCGGUAAUUACGCCAACUCCUCCACCGGAACCACCUCUUCCUACCGUUACAUGCUCUACAACUCCGGCCAAAUUCACGACGUCGUCAUCGGCCCGCUCCAGCCCAACACGGUUUAUUACUACCGCUGCGGCGGAAACGCCGGCCGCCAGUUCAGUUUCAAGACUGCUCCACCUGCUUUCCCGAUCAAAUUCGCCAUUGUUGGGGAUCUUGGUCAGACCGAACACACGAACUCGACACUGCAACACAUCUCUCAAUCAAGUUACGACAUGUUGCUGCUCCCCGGCGACUUGUCGUACGCCGAUUUCUGGCAGCCGCGGUGGGACUCGUUCGGCCGGAUGGUGGAGCCGCUUGCGAGCCAGAGGCCGUGGAUGGUAACCCAAGGGAACCACGAGGUGGAGCGGAUCCCGGUCGUCCACUCCAGUUCGUUCACAGCCUACAACGCACGGUGGCGGAUGCCGUUCGAGGAGAGCGGAUCCACGUCCAACCUCUAUUACUCCUUCGAUGUGGCGGGGGCCCACGUCGUCAUGCUGGGCUCGUACACGGACUUUGGCCCAUCUUCGGCCCAGUACAAGUGGCUGCAGUCGGAUCUGGGCAAGGUGGACCGGAGUAAGACUCCGUGGAUCCUGGCCCUGAUCCACGCCCCUUGGUACAACACCAACACGGCCCAUCAAGGAGAAUCCGAGUCUGUGGACAUGAAGCGAGACAUGGAAAGCCUGCUCUAUAAUGCUCGUGUUGAUGUCGUUUUCGCCGGCCAUGUCCACGCCUACGAGCGCUUUGCUCGGGUUUACAGAGAUAAGGCGGAUGAUUGUGGUCCGGUGCAUAUCACCAUUGGGGAUGGUGGCAACCGUGAAGGUCUUGCUACAAAAUUUAGGAACACAGGAGAGAAGAUUUCAGUAUUUAGGGAGGCGAGCUUCGGGCAUGGGGAACUAGAGGUGGUGAAUGCCACACACGCGCAGUGGACAUGGCAUAGAAAUGAUGAUGGUGAAAGCGUUUGCAGUGAUGCAGUUUGGCUUACAAGCCUUUCCUCUCUUACUAGUUGCAAAGCCUAGUCUCGUUGUUUGUUGAUUUUAUUUUCUGUUAUCGUUAAGUUGAAGUCAAAUAUCUCAUAUUAUAUUUACUUAUUUAGAGAAUUGUAAUGAGGUAAUUAAAUUCAUAGUCAUACAAAUCAAGAUUCUGUAGACUCCAUGGAAUGUGAAGUUAGGUGACUUUGGGUGGAAAUAUUUGGAUUUGCCAUUUGGAAUUGAAAAUCAUAAAUACAAAAUCAUUUGUAA